ACACACUCUGUGGUCUGUACUCUCCUCCCUCUAUUAUUAUGCAUUCUCUGUAAUCCAAUACACACACUCAAAACACACACUCUCUCUUAUCUCCUUUUUGCAAUCUCUCUCUCUCUGGGCUUCUCCGAUCUAAAAGUUCAAGAAGUUAAGCACAAAGCAAGCGAAUUUUCACUGUGGAUUUGAAUCUGUGACUGAUUGAGAAUCUUGGUUAUAUAUAUCAGAUUUUAUAUAUACAAGAAAGAACAGCAUGCGGUGGUUUAGUCUCUCUGUUUAUGUUGUCCGUAGAUUCAUUAUCAGCUUGUAUUGUCGAGUUAUUCUGUAAUUCAGCUCUUUAAAUCCCUCAAUUAUAUACUUUUGCGCUUUCCCUUUUGUUGGUUUUUGAUAUAACACACAAUUCAUCAAUGGGAUCUAAUCUUUUCAUUGUCAUUCCUUGUUAUUGUCGUUUGAUCAGUUGAAAAUCUUGUUAGUUAGUAUCAUCUUGUUAGGUUAAAUUACUCCAAUUCCACUCUUUUGCUCUAGUUUUACCAGAUUUAGUGAAAAUUUCUUCGUUUUUAGUUAAUUUCUCGAGUAAUUUCCUUUCCGAGUUUGUCUUUUAGGGUUUGUAUCGAUCUACUUUCUUGCCUUCAAGUUGAAUUGAUUUUGUUGAGGGAUUUUCUUUGGGUAUAUCGUGUUGGAGAUUUUAGUUUGGGUUAAGAAAAGGGGGGAAUAUAAGGGUUGGAAAAAAGUAGUUAUGGUGUGUCAAGCAGCUGGCCAAACAAAAUUCCGAGCAUUGAAACAUGAAAAUGGAAUUGCCGGGGGUGCCACCAUAAUUGUUAGAGUUAUUGCUUGCUUUCAACCUCUACAGGAUUGCCAGGCUGAAUACUUUCGUCAGUUGCUCAAACCUGUAACGUAGUUUGGUUUUCUCGUACUCGUGUUCAACUUAUUAAGCUGGAGUUUUUAGUUUUAUUUUUUACAUUGUUGUCAAAGAACAGUCAAUAGUUGUCAAUAUUCAAGCGUUGUCAAUCUGAGAGCUUACUCUUUCAAUUUUCUGUCGGGUGGUUUCGGUUGGAUGGAAGAGGGCAUUGGAAGCUGGUAUGGUCACCAGCAAUCGAAUGGGCAAUCACCCAAUUUGAAUAUAUUGAAUGCUCAAUACGGUUUGGGGCAGCAGACUACGGUCCCCUCUUAUAUAAACCUGUGCAGUAAUUUUACUUCUACGACAGGGGUUCUGCCUAUGCAUGGGUUUUAUGGGAUGCCUCAGGUCAAGGACAGUCAACCAAAUGAACCGCGUGGUUGGUUUUACUGCCUGCCUCGUUUCCGUCAGGCUUUUACCCCGGUGCUGAACUCUGCUUCUCCAUAUAAAAACUGCGGGGACUCUGUGCCUUUCGAUACCCAGAGUCCUCCAAAAAUGUCCCUUGAUACUCAGAGUGCUUCUAAGAGGUUUCUUGUUUUCGAUCAGUCUGGAGAUCAGACCACAUUGAUAUUCGGUUCUGGGAUCAAUAGUCCUGUCAGCAACAUGCCAUCGUUGCGCCCGAAACCUUCUAAUGCAUUCACUCUGUACAAGGAGGAGCUAGAAAGUAAAAGGGAUGCAAGUAAUCCAUCUAUGCAGUUUUCACCUAAAAGAUAUGUUGAUCAAGAUUAUGAAACUGAUGUCAAAAGUGAGAUGCAUGAGGACAGUGAAGAACUUGAUGCACUACUUUACUCUGAUGAUGAAGAUGAUUACUCUGAGGACGAGGAAGAGGCCAGCACUGGCCAUUCACCUGAUACUACUCCUUUCGGUAAAAGAGUAUGGUCUGAUGAGAGCGGUGAAGAAGUUGCUAGUUCAGCUAUGCCAACCAAAAAACAGAAACUUUCAGGCGAGGGACAUAAUGUUCCAUCACUCGUGGACACUGCAAGUUCCUUUAAAAGUGAUAAAUGCAUCGAGUAUGAACACGAUGCAGAAUCUAAUUGUGGUAACAGCAACAAUAUGUUGGGAGAAUCAGAUUCAGUGUCUCACCAACAGUCUAAGAUAGACAAAAUACGCAAGACCAUAAGCAUUUUAGAGAGCAUCAUUCCUGAUGGAAAAGGUAAAGAUUCUAUUGCGGUCAUUGACGAUGCUAUCCAUUACCUCCGAUCUUUAAAGGACAAAGCUAGAGUAUUAGGCCUUGAUGGUCAGUAAAACAUUCUUUCAUACUCUCAUGAGCACCAGUAGUGAUAGCAGUUCUAAUGGUACUUCGUUCAAGUUUUUCUACGCUUUUGUUCCCAAAAACUUGGUUGGCACAAGGUCAAAUUCUAAGGUUUCGUUCCUACGGACUUGGUUGGCACAAGAUCAAAUCCGGUGAUUUCGAUUCAGGAGUUUUUUCACAACUCUUGAGUUAGUAAUGUAAAGAAAAAGCAGAAGUAGUAUAAAUGUUGCUUUCCAAUAAAGGUCAAUCUAUGAUGGCUACAUAUCUUUGAAGAUUAAGAGAGAGUAACACUCACUCCCUAACAUGGAAGUUGCCUUCGUAGACCAGAAAGCAAACCCCACAAAGGAAAAAGAAUGCACGCCCGGUGGGUGAGUUGGACCCAAACUCUCGCUUUCUUACUUUUAUGUAAUCCUGUUUUGUUCACUUAUUGUGGGGUGAAUGAAUCUCAUUCCCUGUCUGAAGCUCUUACAAAUGGAUUGCUCGAGGAGCUUUCGACUGCACUAUCUAUUUAUAACAGCUGAGCUCCAUGUGUGAACUCCUGAGCUCCAUGUGUGAACUCCUUUGAUGUAUUUAUUUCCUAUGUAAUAGUAUAUUCGGUGUGCUUCGCAGCUGUGUGAUAUUAUAUGUGUAAUGAUAUGUGUUUGUAUUACAUUGUUUGGUGGAAUGUUGUUGUCAAAUAUGCUUUUGAUUGUGU